CGUACGGCAUGAUCCUCAACCUGCUGCGGGUGGAGGAUCUCAAGGUGGAGGACAUGCUGAAACGCUCCUUUGCCGAGUUCCACGCGCAGCGCUCCGCCCCCGCGGGGGCUGCCGAGCUGGCCGCCCUCACCUCGCAGCUGGCGGCGGCGGGGGCGGCGGGCUGGCCGGCCACCGGGCUGGGGUGCAGCCGGGAGGAGGUGGAGGAGUAUGUGGGGGUGUGCGAGGAGAUCGAGGAGAUGGAGGGGAGGCUGCAGGACCUGCUCUCCUCCAACAAGUCCGUCCAGUCCUCCCUGCAACCGGGUCGCCUGGUGCUGUUCAACAACCCAGUCAACGGACUGACCGAACCGGCGGUGGUGCUGGGGGAGGCACCUCCCGCCCCCCCACCGCCCUCCGCAUCCCUCUCCGCCUCCUCCUCCUCCUCCUCCGUCAUUCGAACCCCCCUUACCAACUCCACCGCCUUCGCCUCCUCCUCCUCCUCCAACCCCACCUCCACCUCUUUCUUGGGCGGUACGGGUGCGGGUAGUACGACAAAUCUUGGCAUCGGCAGUCUCAACAGCAGUCUUGGCAGCGGCAGCAGCAGCAGCAGCAGCGACCGGCGGCUGUAUCUGUUGGUGCUGCACCGGCCUGGCAGUGUGGAUGCGGCUCAUGAGGCGGCG